GCAUUUCGCAAGACUUCCAUUCUCUGCGUCUCUCUCCUUCUGACUCAUUUCUUCUCUUUAAAAUCGAAAAAUAUUGUUCUCAUCGACCCCAAAUGUUUAAAGCGUUCUCAUCGAUAAUGCAAAGUCUACAGUUCAAAACCGAUGUUCCAGUGAUAAUAGAUGCAGAAACUGUGCCGAACGAAUGUUUCUCGCCAAUUUUCCGAAGGCUGGACAAAAAAUCACUUCUAAACUGCCAAUUGGCUUGCCAUCGAUUCAAUGAUUUGAUAUCAAGUGACUCGUUUUGGAUUGAAUAUGCUCGAAUUUUAAAUAUAUCAAAUGUUCUUCCAUCUUUGGAGUGGAGAAGAGCAGCGACACAGAAGAAGUUUGUUGGAAAUGAAGACAAUGAAAUUGACACUUCAAGUUUUAAUUUUAAUAUUAAAAAAAUAGUUCUGUCUGGAAGAGGCUACUCACCAAUCACUCCGCUUUUCAUUUCUCAUUUUGAAAAUGCACGUGACAACACAAUAAGUGGAACUCUCCGUUCAGAUGAUUUUUCAAUCAGAGCGAAUGGCAGUGGAAUCCACAUGGAAAGAGAUGGAGGAAACGGUUGUGAACCACAUCCGGAUGUUUCCAAGUGCUUCGUAUUUUCAUUCACAGAGAGCUCAAUCAGUGUUUUCAUCGAUUUGGUGAACUCUGGAAUUGACCCAUGGAUCUUGGAUCACGUUCGCCCGAGAAUUAGAAUUACACAGAAAGUCAAUCAUCGUAAUGAUUGUGCAGCCAGGCUCUCAUUUGCUGCUCAGUUGAACUAUCACGAGACUCAGUGGAUUGAAAGAUUUGGCCAUGUACAAACUAUGAGCAACACUGAUCAUAAAAGAUAUAAAUCUGUAAAUAAGGAAUGGGCUCAAUGGACUGGUCAACCUUGGGAAGAUUGGACAAUUGAGUUUGACGAUUACCCGUCUGGAAUUCGACAUUUAACUAUUCUGAAUGAAGGUGAAGAUAGACAAUUUUGGAGAGGAUUCUACGGACCAAAAGUUGCCAAUAUUCAAGUCGAAGUUAUUCUGCCUGAUGAGCCAAUAGUUAAACCACUCGCUGUUGAUUCCGAAAAAUGCAAUGAAGACGAGAAUCCUAACGCUGAAGACGAGGAUGAUGACGAUGAUGAAGUACCGCCAAGAGUCGGAGUUUUUAGAAUGCCACUCUUUCGUCGUGGUCGUCACAUGUAUGGAAUUCCUCCCGCUGUGGCUCGUCAUGAAGAUGAAGACGAGGAAGAUUAAAUAAUGCACCGACAAUUUUUCGCUUAACUGUUUUAUAAAGUGUUUGUAUGACUGGAAAAGUUUGUUAUAUCUGUAAUCGAAUGAAUAUAUAAAUAUUUUAAC